CAAAGCCAUGAAGGUGYGGAAGGUGAGCUCCAAGUUUGUAAAGCCACUCUUUGAAGGAGAUCCUCCUUCAAGUUUAAACUCUGGUUACUGCAUUCCUCUUAGCGUCUUCGAUAAGGCCGCAUUCAACAACCACAUGGCCGGGAUCUAUGCAUAUCGACCACCAAUCCCUCCCAACGCAACCAUAGAGCUUGGGCUUCGAAAGGCUCUAUCGGAGUACAGGGAGUGGGCUGGCAGAUUGGGUGAAGAUGAGAGUGGCGACCCUGUCAUUCUKCUCAACGAUGCAGGUGUAUACUUCGUCGAAGCAUCGGCCGACUGCACUCUCCACCAGGCCAUGCCGCUUAGCCCAUCGCCGGCGUUGCUCAGCCUUCACCCUAGUCUCAAGGGGGCAGAAGCCUUGGUGCAAGUUCAGCUCACGAGGUUCACUUGUGGGUCCUUGGCGCUGGGGUUCACGGCCCACCACCUGGUCGCCGACGGCCAUUCCGCCAGCAACUUCCUGGUUGCAUGGGGACAAGCUUGUCGCGGCCUUGAGAUAAGCCCUCGUCCCAUGCACAACCGUGCCAUCUUUGUCCCUCGCGAUCCUCCAUUGAUCCAGUUCGAACACAGAGGAGUGGAGUAUAUGCACAAGAAUCCAAACCAAGUGAAUCCACAUCCACCCUUUGAAAUAACCCCAGCUGCAGAUGACAUCCUCGUGCACAAAGCUCACUUUACGUCGGAGUUUCUGGUCAAGCUCAAAGCCACGGCUUCGUCGGAAAACGCUGAUAACAGGCCGCCUUACAGUACGUUCGAAAGCCUGAUAGCUCAUCUAUGGAGAGCCAUAACGAGGGCUCGUGGGCUGAAGGGGUUGGAGACGGUGACAAAAAUCAGAAUCUCAGUAGAUGGUCGGUCGAGGCUGAGGCCUCGCAUACCCAACGAGUACUUCGGCAAUCUGGUGCUCUGGGCAUUUCCGAGUGCCAAGGUGAAGGACCUGCUGGAUGAGCCUCUGGCCUUUGCGGCCCGGAUCAUCCACCAAGCAAUUGCAGAGGUGAACGACAGUUACUUCAAAUCGUUCAUCGACUUUGCAAACUACAGGGUGAAGGAGGAGGGUCUCGUUCAAACAGCCGAAAUGGAGAAAUCGUUUCAUUGCCCCAAUUUGGAGGUGGACAGCUGGCUAAGAAUUCCAUUCCACAAGCUGGAUUUUGGUGGGAGCUGCAUCCCUUAUAUAUUCAUGCCAUCUUAUUUCCCAAUAGAGGGCUUGAUCUUUCUGCUCCCUUCCUUCAUUGGAGAUGGAAGCAUUGAUGCCUUCAUCUCUCUGUUCCAAGACAACUUAGAUGCAUUCAAACGGCUGUGUUACUCUCUAGAUAUCUAAACCAGAGAUGCCACUUCCUCCUCCUUUUAUUAUUAUUAUUAUUAUUUUUAUUUAAGUCAAUAACAAU